CCAACCAAACAUCUCUCAUCCUCCAUCUCCACUAUGUGCAUGUAUGUGAGAGAGAAAACUUCCCCAAAGUAAACACUGCAUACAUUCUCAAACCCCUUUAUUCUAUUCUUCUAUACCCCAGAUUCUCUCACUCAUCUCUGUUCUCAAUCUCAUCACAUACCCUUUAUUCAUAAUCUUUCAAACCCACAAUCUUUUCCCAUCACACUUUGCCCAAAAAACCCUUCAAAUUUAACCUCAAUUUCAUAAUGCCGAUCAAUAAAGAACCGGCUACGCCGCCGAUGAUCGGCAAGAUCGGUCCGUACACCGUGUUUGUUACGACGCCUGCUACCCCUAAACCCACAUUUGAAUCUUCGCCGGCGCCGGUGAAAUUGGCGCCGCCGGUUGUUCCGCCGCCGGUUCAGUAUGAGAAGUCGGCUUCGGCUUAUGGGUCCAAGUUUGACUUCUUUUGGGAUGUUGUUGCUAAAGUUCAAAACGCACAUUCAAGUUUGGAUGAUCAUGUGGCUCGUUGGUUUGGGCUGAAUCAAUCGAAAUAUCAGUGGGCUUUAGAUGAUUAUUACCAAAACAAGGGACUGGAUCAGGUUGAAGCAAAAGUUAAAGAUGUCUCCACCAAAGCACAAAGUGUGUAAAAUCCUUCUUGUGCAGAAUCAGUGUCAAGCAAGCAACCUCAAGUACCAUUUUGAUUAUGCUAUGUCUAUAUCACAAAACACACAACAAUUGAUUUGUCUAAGGUUAGAUCAAAUAACAUCUCCAUAUUUACCAGGAUAUCGUCGUCAAUCUUUUACUACUUUUGCAUGCAAGGCUCAACGAUCUUACUAUCGCGACGAGUCUCUCGACACUUGAGACAUGUAACCAUAUUAUUUACUAUUUUUUUUUUAAUUUAUCUUACUGACUGCAAAAGUUAGGUUAUUUAAUCUCGCAUUGUAACCAUAUUUUGUUGUUGUAUCUGCAUCUAUGUUUCCCGCUAAAGCGAAUUGAAUUUUAUUUAAUGUAUUGUUUA